GAUACGUCUUGUCGAGGACCUAGGGUUUCUCUCUCUCUCUUUCUCUCCUUCGAUGGUUUCGAGCGCCUCCUCCGUCCCCAUCUCGCCAUCGCUUCUGGCCUCGAUUCCUCUUCUCCGGCUUCCUAAUUAAACUUUUAUUCUCGCGCUCACCUCACAGAUAUCCUCUUUCUCCGUGAGGUUUCGCGAAUUUAACGUAAUUUUCGCUUUCUAGCUUUGAAUUUCUCCGAUUUCGGUUCUCCGGCGUUCCUAAUUGCUGAGACGAGAUCCAAUGGAGGUCUCUGGUUCGCGCGGUACUUCAACAGAAGCUAUCAGACGCGGGGAAACGGAAGUGAAGAACAAAGAGCCUGAUAAUUUUAUCGAGGAUGCGGACAUUGAUGGAGGUCACGAGAGUGAUUCUACCAUUAGUAGCGUUAUAAGUUUAGAGGAUGAUUCGGUGGUUGAUGUUUCCGGUCAAAAUCUGGAGCUUUCCCUUCUGGAUAAUGCGGAUGAUUCGGUGAAAGGCCUCUACUUGUUUAGAAACGUGUUCAAUUUGAUUCCGAAAUCUAUUGGAGGGCUUGCGAGGUUGAAGAAGCUCAAGUUUUUCAGUAACGAGAUCGAUCUGUUUCCGCCGGAGUUAGGGAAUCUGGUCGAUUUGGAGUACCUUCAGGUGAAGAUUUCCUCACCAGGUUUUGGCGAUGGCUUGUCGUGGGGCAAGCUUAAGGGUUUGAAGGAGCUCGAGCUUACUAAAGUCCCAAAACGAUCUUCUGCUUUGACACUCUUGAGCGAGAUUUCUGGUCUCAAGUGCUUGACAAGGCUCUCUGUUUGUCACUUCUCCAUCAGAUAUCUUCCCGCGGAGAUUGGAUGUCUUAAGAGUCUGGAGUAUCUGGAUCUCUCUUUUAAUAAGAUCAAGAGUUUGCCUAACGAGAUAAGUUAUCUAAGUUCAUUAAUGUUCUUAAAGGUGGCACACAACAGGCUGAUGGAGCUACCACCGAUUUUAGCUUUAUUACAAAACUUAGAAAGCCUGGACGUAUCAAACAACCGAUUAACAACUCUGGAUCCUCUCGAUCUAAGCUUAAUGCCUAGACUGCAAAUUUUGAAUUUACAGUACAAUAAGCUCCCGAGUUAUUGCAAUAUUCCCACAUGGAUACAAUGUAAUUUGGGAGGGAACUAUGAAGAGAUGGGAGUUGAUACUUGUAGCUCUAUGGUUGAAAUGGAUGUAUAUGAAACCCCGUAUGAACAAAACGCUAUAAGUGUUCCGCAUAAAGGCUCCCACCGUAACCCAUCACACAUGUCAACUGGGGUCUCUUCCAUCAGUAGAUGCUUCUCGGCUCGAAAAUCAAGUAAGAGGUGGAAGCGGAGACAGCAUUACUUCCAGCACAGGGCAAGGCAAGAGCGCUUGAACAACAGCAGGAAAUGGAAAGGUGAAGUCCCUCAUGAGGGAUUAAAUCUGAAGAUGGACAUAGUCGACGAAAGUAGGAAACAUUCAUGCCCUGUUUCCCAGAACACUGACAAAGGUUCAGUUGAUAGCAUCUGCUUGGAUGACAAUGAUAAACUGUUAAAAGAGGCUGAAAUAGGAGAUUCUGUCAUUACUUCUGAAGAGGAAGAGAGCAGUUUGAAAGCUGAUUUGGUUUCGGACAGUUCCCGAUGUGUGAAAAUCCAAUUAACGAGUGAAAGAGAGAGCAAGGAGUUUUGUGAGAUCAAGGCAUCUAGUCCCUCUUCAGGAGAGACAGCGGGUACUGCAGACUAUAAUUCUUCUUCAGAGAGAAAGAAACCAAAUCACAAGUCGAAGAGAUGCCGUGAUAAGUAUCUGGAUAACCCAAAAGGUUCUAAAUGCCAUAGGCCAUCUACGGAUAUUGCUAAUCUAUCGCACAAAUACAGCAGCAACUCAUUUUGCAGCACAGAAGAUUCUCUUCCUGACGGAUUUUUUGAUGCUGGACGUGAUAGGCCUUUUUUGCCUCUUAGUAGGUAUGAGGAAAUUUUGCCUCUUGAUUCACGUGAAGUCAUACUCUUGGACAGGGCAAAUGAUGAAGUAUUGGAUGCGAUCACUCUCUCUGCUCGAGCCCUCGUAGCUAGAUUGAAGAAAUUGAACUAUUUAGAUGCAGAUGUAGACCAAGUUUCCACUGACAACUUGCAGGUUGCAUCAUAUCUUGCCCUUUUUGUGUCUGAUCACUUUGGGGGAAGUGACAGAACUGCUAUUGUUGAAAGAACCCGGAAGGCAGUGUCUGGUACAAACUACCAGAAACCGUUUAUUUGCACCUGUUUGACCGGGAAUCAACACGACUUGGCUGCUCUUAACAAACAGGUUUCGCCAACUGCUGAAGAUGUCAUUUUGUCCGAUGUGUGUGAAAAAUCCUUGCGUUCUAUCAAGUCCAAGCGGAACUCUAUAGUGGUUCCUUUAGGGAAACUGCAAUUUGGCAUCUGUAGGCACAGAGCCUUGCUCAUGAAGUUCCUUUGUGAUCGUAUGGAACCUCCGGUGCCUUGUGAGCUUGUUAGAGGUUAUCUAGACUUCAUGCCACAUGCCUGGAACAUUGUUCCUGUAAAGCAAGGUUCCUCAUGGGUUCGUAUGGUAGUUGAUGCUUGCCGUCCUCAUGACAUCAGGGAAGAUACAGAUCAAGAAUAUUUCUGCCGGUACAUUCCUCUUAAUCGGCUUAACGAAUCCAUUCGCACAAGUGCAAAAUUGGAACCAGGAUGUUCUUUUUCUUCCCUGUCAGCGGGCAAAGGAGUUGAAAGAGCUAAUAGUAGUCUUAUCCGAUGCAAGCUUGGCUCCACUGAAGCAGCUGUGAAGAUGCGUACAUUAGAGGUUUCUGGAGCUUCCGUAGAUGACAUUAGGACUUUUGAGUUUACUUGCUUAGGAGAAGUGCGGAUUUUAGGAGCCUUGAAACAUGACUGUAUCGUGGAGUUAUAUGGACACGAAAUAUCUUCCAAGUGGAUAACCUCGGAAAAUGGAAACGAACAUCGACGCAUUUUGCAAUCUUCUAUUCUAAUGGAGCACAUAAAUGGAGGAUCUCUAAAGGGUCACAUUGAGAAGCUUUCUGAAGCUGGUAAGCACCAUGUAUCCAUGAAUCUAGCCAUGUCUAUUGCAAGAGAUAUCUCAGGGGCUUUAAUGGAGCUGCAUUCGAAGGAUAUAAUCCACCGUGACGUGAAAAGCGAAAACGUUCUGAUCGAUCUGGACAAUGAAAGAGCAAACGGAGAACCUAUUGUGAAGCUCUGUGAUUUCGAUAGAGCUGUUCCGCUUAGGUCUCACUUGCACGGUUGCUGUAUUGCCCAUGUGGGAAUACCUCCUCCUAAUAUCUGUGUCGGGACGCCACGAUGGAUGUCCCCUGAGGUCUUCCGAGCAAUGCACGAACAUAACUAUUACGGACUUGAAGUGGAUAUCUGGUCAUUCGGGUGUCUAAUCUUCGAGCUAUUGACACUACAAAUCCCAUAUUUCGAUUUAUCCGAGCUUCAGAUUCAUGAAUCUCUACAGAAGGGAAAAAGGCCAAAACUACCAGAGGAGCUAGAGACAUUGAUCUCUGAAACAGAGGAAGACAAAUCAGCCAAUAAACUUCGUGAAGAGUAUGACCUAACCGAAUCAGACUUGGACACAAUGAGAUUUCUGAUCGAGGUGUUUCACCGCUGCACGGAGGAGUCUCCUUUAGAUCGUCUAAACGCUGGAGACCUCCAUGAAAUGAUUCUUUCACGGACAAAGAGGAAAUCAACUACAGGUAAUUCCACUUCUUCACAAAGCUCAAGCCUUUGAAGCUUGAAGAGAGAAGAUUUAAGAGUGGCCUCAGUCUUUUUAAGUUAACGAUUCAUUAGAAAGAGAGAGAGAUUUGGUCCCAGUCUCGUAAAAUUAGAGAGAAUCAUGGCCAAUGAUUAGGGUCUAAAGCCUUCUUAUGGGAAUCACAGAACAAUAGGUCGUGAAAUUAUUUCGUGUAUCUUGUUUGUUUCUUCAUAUUGUAACCUUUGGUGUAUCAUUUGAUUUGUAGAGACCAUUGUACCAUCCUUCUUUCAGGUAUUUAUUAAAACAAAGAGCAUACGAACACAACA